AUGAGUAUUGUCAACAUUACAAACAUAAAAGUUUUAAAUAAUCCAGCUCUAUUCACAGAAACAUAUCAGUUUGAGAUUACUUUUGAAUGUAUAGCACCACUUGCAGAAGAUUUAGAAUGGAAGAUCAUUUAUGUUGGUUCUUCAGAAAGUGAACAAUAUGAUCAAGUUCUUGAAAGUAUUAUGGUUGGGCCUGUCCCCCCCGGCAUUAAUCAAUUUAUAUUUGAGGCACCAGCACCGAACGUAGAUCAAAUACCGUCAAAAGACAUUUUAGAUGUGACGGUGAUUCUCAUUACUUGUUCAUAUAAAAAUCAAGAAUUUGUUCGUGUAGGAUAUUAUGUUAAUAAUGAAUAUGUUGAGGAGGCAUUGAGAGAAGAACCACCAGAAGAUGUGGCAUUGGAUAAACUUUAUCGCAACAUUUUAGCAGAUAAGCCAAGAGGAUAA